AGCAGUAGCUACAACCUCUCUGCCUCUUCAGAAGUCGCACGCAUGUCCGUUCAACAUCUGCGCUAAACGCUGGCAAGCUGCGGUCGUGUCAGUGUCAAACCUCGCCGUGCCCGGGAUACCAUGGAAGAGUCGAUGGAAGGUGCUGGUCCUAUCUUCUAACGAGAUCUGAGCUGCUUAAACAUGUCUUAAUAUAGCCUAUUGAACUAGGAAGAUUUUGGGGGUUUACUUUUUUGGGGGUCAAGUGUUGCUUGUUUUUACAAAAUUGAUUUAACAGUAGGAAGAAAAGAUGGAGAUACUUUUUGCAUUAUUUUUUAUUUUUACUAACGAGGUUCUGGCGUCCCGGUAUGGCUUGGCCAAUAACCUCCAACCAUACAUGCCCAACGUGUGUGUGGAGAGGGAGGUGGCGAUGGUAGCCCAGAGGCAGCCCUGCGUGCAGGCCUUCACACGCAUGGUCAAGGUGUGGAAGCAAGGCUGCGUCGGACAGGCGUGGUGCAUGGGCUAUGAAAGACGGACAGCCUACUAUACUGCCUUCAGACAAGUGUACAGACAGGACUAUCAGACGGUUUACAAGUGUUGCCCUGGAUGGUCACAACUGAACGGAGAAGCCGGGUGCCUCUAUCCGGUGUGCAGCUACGGUGUGUGCUUCAAUGGAGGCCGGUGUCGGAAGGGCUCCACCCAGCUAUGCCACUGUCCGGCCGGCUUCAACGGACCCAGCUGCCAAUAUGAUGUGAACGAGUGUGAGGAGACCAAUGGUGGCUGCGAGGCGAACUGCUGUAACACCAUCGGGAGCUUCUACUGCAGAUGUCCUUCUGGCCUCCAGCUCCACGCGGGCGGGAAGAGCUGCCAAGAUAUCGAUGAAUGCCAGGUCCAUAAUGGGGGCUGCCAACACAAAUGCAUCAACACCAGGGGCUCCUUCUACUGCGAAUGCAACCCCGGCUCUCGGCUGCACGUGGACGCCCGCACCUGUCUCCCGGUCCACUCGUGUGCCAUCAGUAACGGGGGCUGUGAGCACCACUGCGUUCAGCAGUCCUCCGCCCACUUCCGCUGUCGCUGCAAGACCAACUACAUCCUGGCCGAGGAUGGCAAGCACUGCAAACUGGCAAAUCCGUGCGGCGAUCAGAAUGGAGGCUGUAUGCACAUGUGCCUGCCGGACGGUAGCAUGGCCCACUGUGACUGUAAGGUUGGCUUCCUCCUGGCCGAGGACGGCAAGACCUGCGAAGACCUCGAUGAGUGUGAGUCGCAGCAGGCCCACUGCGCCCACGGCUGCCACAACACGCUGGGCUCCUUCGCCUGCGUCUGUCUCACGGCCUACGAACUGGGCUCUGAUGGCAAGCAGUGUUACAGGAUCGAGAUGGAGAUAGUGAACAGCUGUGAGAACAACAACGGAGGCUGUUCCCACCACUGCCAACAUUCCACCGGCGGACCCGUGUGCUCCUGUAACCAAGGUUACCGCCUCGACGAUGACCUGAAAACCUGUGUCGACGUGGACGAGUGCAGCGAGCAGCGGUCGUGCUGCGAGCAGGACUGCACCAACUACCCCGGGGGCUACGAGUGCUACUGCUCGGCGGGGUACCGCCUCGACGCCGACGGCUGCAGCUGUGACGAUGUGGACGAGUGCCUGGCGACCAACGGCGACUGCGAGCACACGUGCCAGAACAACGCCGGGUCCUUCCAGUGCUUCUGCCAACGGAGCUAUCGCCUGGACGACGACCGGCGCUCGUGUGUCCUACUAGGGAAUGCAGUGGAGGCUCUGUCCAGUUCGGGGGUGCUGGAGCUGCCCCUCCCCCGCCCCCAGCUCACCCUGCUGCAGGACUACGACCAGGCCCUGGAGCGCUACGACGACUAUGAGGACGACGACGGAGAACUCAGGGCCGAGAGCAACCUGGCCGAGAAGUUUGUUUGUCUGGAGGAGACGUUCGGCCAUGACUGCAGCCUGACCUGUGAGGACUGUUCCAACGGAGGGAGGUGCAGCGCGGGGAGGAACGGCUGCGACUGCCCCGCAGGAUGGGUGGGCAUCGUCUGCAACCAGACGUGUCCUGAGGGGUGGUUUGGUAAAAACUGCUCCUCCCCCUCUAAGUGUAAGAACGGCGCCAGCUGUGAUCCAACCAAUGGGAGCUGCCGCUGUCCGCCGGGGGUCAGCGGCGAACUGUGCCAGGACGGCUGUCCAAAGGGCUUCUAUGGAAAGCAGUGCAACAAGAAGUGUAACUGUGCCAACAACGGCCGCUGCCACCGGACCUACGGGGCGUGUCUGUGUGAGCCCGGGCUCUACGGGAGGUUCUGCCACCUCCCCUGUCCCAAGUGGGCCUUCGGUGCGGGCUGCUCUGGAGAGUGUCCGUGCCUCCAGAAGAACACCUUGGAGUGCCACCGUCGCCAUGGCACCUGUGUAUGCAAACCCGGUUACCGUGGCAACACCUGCGGCCAAGAAUGCGACCCGGGUUCCUACGGCACGGGCUGUGAGAAGAAGUGCACCUGUCCUCCAGGUGUGUCCUGCCAUCACGUGACCGGGGAGUGCCAGAGGAAAUGCCCGGCCGGUCGUCGUGGCAACAACUGCGAGCAAGAGUGCCCAGAGGGCCGGUUCGGGCCGGGCUGCGACCAGGCCUGUAACUGCACGGGAGCCCCCUGUGAUGAGGUGACGGGGAAGUGCCGCUGUCCCGCGGGAACCUCGGGGAAACACUGCCAGAACCUGUGUGAGGAGGGCUACUGGGGUCCGGCCUGCAGAGAGAGCUGUCCGGCCUGCGAACACGGCGGCGUCUGCGAUAAACACAACGGCUCCUGUGCAUGUCCACCGGGCUUCAGCGGCACACUCUGCCAGGACUCGUGUCCGGUCGGGUGGUUCGGGCAGGGCUGCCAGCUGAGGUGUGUGUGUGAGAACAACGCGCACUGCCACCCGGUGACCGGGCGCUGUACCUGCGCCCCGGGCUGGACGGGACACAGCUGCAGGAAAGCGUGUGACGCGGGCCACUGGGGGGAGGACUGCGUCCAGGCCUGCGACUGUAAGAACGGCGACGGCAGCUGUGACGCCACCACGGGCCAGUGCAACUGUGAGGCGGGGUACACGGGAGCACGCUGCCAGCACCAGUGCCCCGGCGGGACGUUCGGUCUGGGCUGUCGCCGGCGCUGCCAGUGUGACAACCAGGCGUCAUGUGACCACGUGAGCGGCGCGUGCACCUGCCGCGUCGGCUGGACCGGGAGCUUCUGUGAAAAACCCUGCCCGCAGGGCUUCUACGGCCUGGACUGCCAGGAGAGGAGUGUGUGUCUGAACGGGGGGAGAGGCGACCACGCCAGCGGUGUGUGUUCCUGCCCCGCGGGAUGGAUCGGCCCGCACUGCAAUCUGACUUGUCCGGACGGUUCCUAUGGCGACGGGUGUAACCAAAGCUGUGGCUGCCAUAACGAGGGCAGCUGCCACCCAGCCAGCGGGCAGUGUGUGUGCGCCCCGGGCUGGACCGGACCCAACUGCACUGGAGAAUGUCCCUCGGGUUUCUACGGAGCGGACUGCCGCCGGAGGUGCCUGUGUCAGAACGAGGCCACGUGCGGCAAGACAGACGGGAGGUGUGCCUGCGCCGAGGGGUGGAUGGGCUCGGCCUGUGAGCUGGAAUGUGCGGUCGGCCAGUUCGGUGUGGACUGCCAACAGCGGUGUGUGUGUGAGAACGGAGGCCGGUGCGACAGACACUCAGGCCAGUGUAGCUGCGCUCCCGGCUGGGUGGGAGACCACUGCGAGAGAGGGUGCGAUGCGGGGCGCUUUGGCGCCGGCUGUGAGCAGAGGUGCCAUUGUGAGCAUGGAGCUCUGUGUGACCACGUGACGGGGGAAUGCCUGUGUCCCCCCGGCUGGAGAGGAAAGCUCUGUGAUAAAGCGUGUCUCCCCGGGUCGUUUGGGACGGGCUGCUCGCAGCGCUGCGGCUGUUCCCGUGGUACCUCCUGCCACCACAUCAGCGGGGAGUGUGGCUGUCCCCCCGGGUUCACCGGCAACGGCUGUGAACAAGCGUGUCUCCCGGGAACCUACGGGCUGAACUGUAACCAGGUGUGCCAGUGUUCAGAAACCAACCAGCUCUGCCACCCGGUGUCCGGUCUGUGUUACUGCGCCCCCGGUUUCCAUGGGCCCAGAUGCAAACAAACGUGUGUAGAGGGCCGAUACGGACCGAACUGCGGCCGCGAGUGCCAGUGUGAAAACAGCGGCCGGUGCAACCCCGCCACGGGCACCUGUGAGUGCUCGGCGGGCUUCAUCGGAGCGCACUGCAACAACACCUGUCCUGCAGGGCGCUACGGCGCUGACUGUGCCCUGGUGGCCCUGUGUGUGGCGGGGGCCCACAGUAACCCGGCGUCUGGCCGCUGCGUCUGCAACCCGGGGCGGAGAGGAGAAGACUGCGGCCACGGCUGUUCCCCAGGCUGGUAUGGUGCAGGCUGUGCCCAUCGUUGUAACUGCAGUAAUGGAGGUCUGUGUGAUCCUGCCUCUGGUACCUGUACCUGUGGACUGGGCUGGGCCGGCAAGCACUGUGAUACAGAGUGCUCCGCGGGGAGCUUCGGCGCCGGCUGCCUGCUGCGCUGCGGAUGCAGCAACAACGGGACGUGUGACCGGGUGACGGGGGCCUGCCAGUGUGGGCCGGGCUACUACGGUCAUCUGUGUGAACACGGCUGCCCCCCCGGUCUCCACGGAGCCCUCUGCCUGCUGCAGUGCGACUGCAUGAACGGGGCGUCCUGUCACCCGGCCACGGGCCAGUGCGUCUGUCCCCCGGGUUACCAUGGCGCCCGCUGCCACAGAGUGUGUGAACAGGGCACAUUCGGCCAGGGAUGCUCCCGGGUGUGUGACUGUGAAGGGGACACGCCCUGCAACCCGACCACGGGGGCCUGUCGGUGUCCUUCAGGGAAGACCGGAGCCAGAUGUGACAUCGACUGCAAGGCCAACCAGUACGGACCGGACUGCACGGAGACCUGUCAGUGUGAAAACGGGGCGCACUGUAACCAUAGAAACGGCCAAUGCACCUGUCUCAACAGUUGGAUCGGAGUCACAUGUCAAGAAGACGGACCCCUCCGCCUCCCAGAGAGAAGUAUCGUAGGAGACACGCUGGAGGAAAAUGCGUUAUAACUGCUCCAGUGAUGGGAGCCACACACCAGCCCCGCUAAGACAGACUCACCGUAGGGUUCCACCCAGGUGAGGGACAGGGCGCUGACGAGAAGACUGUUGAGGUGGUUCCUGAGGGGGGGGGGGCGGGAAGGACCCAUUUUGUGGUGGGAGUUGCGCAAAGCACCCAUGGAAACUUUAAAACACAACACGAGGAUCCUCCACUACGCUCUGGCUGUCCUCAGGUCUAUGCACGGGACAAGAGAGCACAUUGGCUUUACAUCGAGGAUGUCCAAUAGAUCCGAGAGCGUUCUGCUGUCCAUUUUGUCUCUAUGCUGUCCGGUUUAUGUCCAUAACCAAUGCAAAGAUAGUUGAGCAUAAUAUUAAGAAUUAAAGUAUGUGAAAGUUACUCUACAUUUAUGGUGUGGCUAGGUAUGACACCACACUUCACUCCAAUUGAUCAUAUUUUAAUAAUGCAAUGAAGUGGUUUGCAGCUCGGUAUGUGUAUCAAGUGAAAUCCUCCAACUAUUGGUGCUAUGCUUCUUCACAGUGUGCAAGCCUGUGGGGCCAUACGAUGUUGUACAGUUUAAAAUACAUUUAGCACAAUGCGGUUCACCGAAUUCUUUAAAAGGAGAAGUCAAGAGGAGGCCCCUGCUUUUAGAAUAACUGGCGAUUAUCAACCGCAAUGCAUAGAUGCAUGGAGUAAAGCUUAAUAACCUUUUUUUAUAUGUAUAAAUUGCCAAGUUAUAUUUAUAUUUCACAGCUGUACACAUUUGAAUACACGUCGUUUUUGUGUUAAUGUAUAUUUAAUUGUUCACUGGAGCUAUAUUUCAUGUCCACCAAUGGGAGAAAAAUGGUCGGUAAGCCUAUGAAGUCGGUGUAUGCAACUCAUACGGGGCACAAAUAAUAAACAGUGUUGCGUCCGUUUUUUCCCAUUGUCAUUUUAAUUUCAUUAAAGAGUAAAGCUGUACAUCCUGUCUAAAUUCAGAUUCAAGCACAGUGCAGUUAGCAAUGCCUGCAAAUGAAAGAAAAAGGCUGAGGUGAUCACAACCAAAAAUAAUAAAUAUAUACAAAGGUCAAACUAUAUACAGACCCAGGGAGAUAUCUUACUCUCACUCGGAUGUCUUCAUAGAGUGAAUUUUGUCCACCAUUUGCAUUCAAUUCAGAGCAUACCUCAAUGCACACAACGAUACAAAUCAAUUGCUUAUUUUGUCAGUCUCUAUAUUGAUACAAUAUUAACAGAGGAAAUGCAGCAUGGUAAAAAUACAAAAAAAAAAAAUCCCGAAUCGCUCCAACAUAAAAAAUAUAUUCUGUUUAACCUUGGAUCUUCCAUUUAAGAAGCCAUGACAUAUAAUCGGUGUGUCUGAUUUAUAUUGUCUAAAACAAAUUGUUUUGUACGUCUAAAAUAAACAAAGGUGGAGCCCCUUCAAAGCACUGUAUUUCCUGUACAUCCAUCAGUAAUCCAGGUCAGAGGACGCUUCACUAUUGCAGCCUUUUAAUGAAGCUUUUGAAACAUUGCUAUGAAUACGGUGCACGGUAACGCCAGCGACGGUCCAGAUGUUUCUCACAACGCAAGUGCAGGUGAUUCAGAGAUGAGCCCUGUGCAACACUGCGGGAUAGAAGGUAUACCCCACAGGAAAAAACUUUAAAAAA